AUGGCACAGAAAGUAUUCAGCAACUUUCUCUUCCACGAGAAAAUCUCCUGUGUCGAAGAGACUCCCUUCCGGGGUAUAAAAGCAACAGAAAAUCCCAAGCCUCUGCGAAUUUACUCUCUUGCUCGAUUGGAAUAUCUCUUCGGUGUUGAACCUGAUUUCCUUACCGCCAUUAUCCAUAAUGAGAUCUUGUUUUUCAGAAAUGACGACACUUUUUUUCAGAGAGAGUCAGUAAAAAAGCGAAAAGCGGAGGAUGAACUCCCUCUUUCUUGUGCAAGAUACAUCAGUGAUAUGCAACAUGGUCUCUCUACUCUCCUGAGCCAGACUCUCCUUCGCGAGCUCCCAUUCUGUGGCCCUGAUGGCUCUGACGAGGACUUCAUUCGCGAACCAGUUGAAGAGACACAUCAUUCGGUCAAACUAGAAGAGUAA